CAUAUUAGGGUGGAGUUUCAAGAUUGAUGGUGCAGCUAAUGCGCUAAAUCUCUCAAGCCUUCCUAAGCUUCCUACUGAAUCUUCUAGUUCUCAGGACACCAAACCUAAUUUGGCAGCAGAUUCAGAUCAAGGGUUUACUUAUAAUGACUUUAAAUCCGCGUAUAUCACUCGCGAUGGUGCAGCUCGUGUAGCAGAAAAUGGCCUGUUGCGGCUGACUGAUGUCAGAGACAAGUAUGAGACAGGCCAUGUCUUUUAUUCUGGUCCACUGAAACUGAAGGGUAACGUAUCCUUCUCCACCACUUUUGUCUUUCAAUUGCAUCUGAGUUGGGCACCAAUAAAUUAAGCGGUCAAGGAAUGGCUUUUGUUAUUGCACCUCAAAGAGCAAUGCCAGGAGCUUUAGCAAACCAAUACCUCGGCUUAUUUAACGACACCAGCAAUGGACAGUCAACAAACAAUGUUCUCGCGGUGGAGAUAGAUACUGUCUAUAAUAUAGAGUUCGACACCGUCCAGGGUCCGCAUGUUGGAAUUGAUGUUAACAGUUUAAAAUCUGUCGAUUCUACUGUCCCUGCAUACUUCGUUAACGGGGAAUCCAAGCAGAUAAAUGUUAACAGCGGGGAUCCGGUUCAAGUGUGGGUAGAGUAUGAUGGGAUAGAUAAGAAACUUGCUGUAACAUUAGCUCCACUUAACACGAUGAAGCCAGAUACUCCACUCUUAUCGUUGUCCAAAGAUCUCUCAACCAUUUUCGCCGACGAAAUGUACGUCGGGUUUUCAGCCUCUACCCAAACUGUACCGACAUAUCAUUACGUAUUAGGGUGGAGUUUCCAGAUUAAUGGUGUAGCUAAUGCACUAAAUCUUUCAAGCCUUCCUACGAUUCCUCCUCAGCCGUCUAGUUCUAUACAUACGAAGCCUAAUUUGGCGUUAAUAUUACCUGCAACACUUGGCUACAUUCUUGCUUUGGUAUUGCUGAUGUUUUAAAUUUGUACAUAUUUCUUAUAUUUCUUUCCUGUGAUUUGCUUUCUGAAUAUGUGCGAAUAAGAAAAUAGUCCUAAUCAACUUUGAAUAGCCCAGUUGUUUGGUUGAUUAGGGUCUAGUUUCAACAAGCAAAGUCAGUGGUUUGAGUGUCUAUUUGAUUACAGGUUAUCUAAUUUCACACUUUUUCGUGAUGUAACUCAUGCCUUUGUUGAUAUUUGAUUUGGCUAUUGUAUUUGUACCGAUUAUUUCCUGUUUUAACAUGACAGUUUCUUUAUGCCAAUAAAAUACUUCCAAUAAUAUCCCUUCAGAGCUGCGGAAGGCAAUUAUCAGGGUCUUACAGUUUUAUCUCUUUUUAAUGUCAACGACUUGCUCAUAAAUGUAAAUGGGGGUGUACUGUGCAAGCGCUUUGACUUGAACACAUGAAUUUACCAGAAAAUAUAGUAAAAUGUUAGUAAAAGUAUAAUUUUCUAAGAAUUUCAGACAUCCUAGUCAUUAGAUUUUUAUCCAUACCACGAACUACCAGCUUCAUUAAGCUAUAGAAGUUGGUUCCCACUUACAAGCACGCCCUAGAAACAACGCAAAAGCAUUCUGAAUUUUUCUUUUAAGUUGUCCUGAGCAGUGUAUUUUACGUAUUUCACUCCCUAGUACGCCCAUAUGGCUGCAUAUAUCAAAUGCUGUACACUGAAGCUUUUCUAUAGCAUAUUCUGGCACAGUAAAAACUAGUAAAUAAUGAAACUCUAUAAAAAUAAUUUUAUUUCUUUGAUGCAACACAUCAAGCAACUUUUGAGCACAAAUGGGUGAAUUCACUCUAUAAAUAUAAUUCAAUAUCUAAGAUGCAUUUUAUCAAACAACUUGUGCACAUUUGCGAUAACAGCAUAAGGUAACCUAAUCUCCACGAGCUCAAUGAGCAUAAGACUCAUUAAGAGAAGUACUUAUAUAAUGAUCUCCUAAAUUCUCCCAGUAUGCAUUGUCGUAAAGUUCCUUACCUUAUGGUAUAUGUAUAAUAAUAAAAGAUAAUAAGUCGUUUUUAUUUGUCAAUGCAGAUACUGAAGCAAAGAAAUUUCGAUGUAAUCGGAAUGCAAAUGCAAAUGCAAUGCAUGUUCAGGAGGAAUUGUUCAACGACUGCCUUUGAAAUGGUUCAUACUACUGACCUGGUUUGC